GAGUCCAUCGGGUUUCGACGUCGACUACAACAAUUCUCGGCACGAGGUCUCGACACAGGCGAUUUGCUCAAGGCAGAAUCUGAAGGAAGCCGCUCUCGGCCUGCGCUCCAUCCCACCUGAAUCCAGUCGCCGAAACUCGCCUGCGAUUCACUGGAAUUCGCCUGCGAUUGCUGCGACUUUUCCACAUCUCCGCCACCUGCUGUGUUGGAGAUCGACCGAGUCUUGCCUUGCGGACUCUUUUUGGACUUUGCAAAUCUACCUCGGCUGCUCGGAGCGGGCUCUGGGAGCAUCUGCUGCCUUUCUCCGUCCUUAUUUUUAUCCGCUCCACUCUGCUCUGCUCAGCCCAGCCCCGCUCUGGCCUCAGAGCUUCCUCGUGUUUCAAAUUCCUCUUCUGGACAUCGAGCAUCAUGUUGAUCUUUCCCUCCUGCGUGCUCUCCGACUGGGUUUAGCCAAUCGAGGAUUAUUAUAACAUAUCUUGGAUCUCUCCGCACUCAAGCGCCACUCCUCGGCCCAAAUUUCCUGCUUCAAGCUUUCGCACCCGAUCAGAAGUAAUCCUUGUUUUCGAGUUUUCUCGGAGCGCAACGGUUCCUGCGUCGCCCCCAUUGCCUGCCUCACCAGCAGCUUCGCCCGCAGCACCACCAUGAACUACCGCAAAUUCGCGGCCAUGAAAUUCUCCGAGUACUGCAAGCAGGCUCCAGUGUCGGAAGACACCGCUUCGCAGCUGGCUGAACUGCAGCCUCCGAAUGGGGUCAACCUCGGCCAUCCGUGGAUCCACACCGGCUUCAACUGCAACGGUUGCUCGGCCAGCCCCAUCACAGGCUUCUUGUACAAAUGCCAGAAGCGCAAGGAUUAUUAUCUGUGUGAAACUUGUUACAGGAAACAACCAUCUGAUGAAAUCCAAGAAUAUCUUCGAAUCGAAAGGGCAGCAAGCUCGCCUCCCUUCCAGAUCUACUGCGUCCAGUGCGAUGUAUGUGGAGUCGCUCCGAUUCAAGGCCCUCGGUAUCGCCACAAGACGCGUCGCGACAGCAACUUGUGCGCGGCGUGCUACGGGAUGCUGCAGAGCUCCAAAGUCGCCUACUCCCACACCGAGGCAGCGUCUUGUUACGAGCUUCUGGAAGAGACGACCAUCAAGUCGGCCCGGAAGAUGCACAGUACAGUGUUUCAUUACGGAAUUAAAUGCGAUGGCUGCAAAAGCUCCCCCAUUUGCGGCCCUCGGUACAGCCUCAAAUUCGACCAGGAAGGCCUAUUCGAAGGGAAGUCGCCGACCGAAGUCAACUUGUGCCUAGUCUGCUUUGACGGUCAAUACAAUAGCGGCAAUCACAAAGACUACGAGAACCACAAGGAAUAUGAUCAUAGGGCGACGGGAAGGAAGUUUCGCAGAAUAUUGAGACCGGAAGGUCGUUCUGCUGUACAUGUCGAGAUGCUUUCGUGUCGCCAUUGUAAUGCUACGCCGAUUUGUGGACCUGCAUACCUUCAUCUAUCGUCUGGAUGCCUCUCAAGUACCAGCCUCUCUUCACCUCUAGGCUGGAAAUUACUCGUAUUGCUGAAGCUCAUGUUUACACCAACUCUGAGCUCGAAGAGGAAGGAUAACGAAGCACUUUGUCUAUUCUGCUACAUGAAUCUGAAGCCUGAGAAACAAGAGGCGUACAUGAGGUUGGAACCCCCGACUCAGCUAAGUCCUGCCAUGGGGAACAUCACAGAGGAGGAGGUGAAGAGCUACCUCGCUCGGAGGAAACCCACGACCAAAGGAGAAGAAGAAUUACUUGAAGCCGCCAUGGCCGCCCAGAAACAGCACCAAUUCAGACAUAGACUCUUCUUGAAUCAGGUGAAACAUAAUCUUCGGAUAUCACAAGAGAUCGAGAAUUGGAAACUGAGGAUCGAAAACGACGAUGGUAGCUGGAGUUGGGCGUAUCCUUAAUGCUGGCGGGUCUUUCAACCGAUGUAACUGUACGGAUGGCAGAUGUGGUGGGCAUAAUAUGAUUAGAAGCCAGAGCACCGGAGCACUCAGAAAAAAACUACUGAAAAAUCAAGGAUUUUGCUACACGCAGGGCAGAUGAAGCUCUCUAUGUUCAGUAUUGGGGAAAGGGAUCCGGAUGUUUGAUAAUAUUUACGCUCCGGUCCUCUGGCAAGGCUCGGGUAAUAUAAAGUGCAGCAUGUUCGUAUUCCGCCUGGGAGAGUGAUUGGUCUGUGGAAAUCAUUGGCUCCGGUCCAUGGAGGGCCGGGGAGGCAAGCGAGACCUCAGUCCCAGGAAGAAGGUUAUUAUCCGGCCCAGUGCUUUCAGAUGUUUCACCCAUGUGCACAUUCUACCUCCGAAUCAGCUGACAGCAUGCCUAUAGUUGUGAUUACCGUGAACGCACGCCCAAAUUCGAUUAUUGAUCAUGAAACCCCGCUGUACGUACAAAGGCAAGUGAAAGACCUUCACUUCCAAGAGUACUCUGCAAGUCUAGCUUCCAUGGCCUGGGGAGACUCAGGGAUGUUCUUGUGCAGACAACUCAGAGGCAGGCUUGCAGAUGCCAUCAACGAUCGAGCCGGUCUAGAACACAACUCGAGAGAGCAACUCGGGUGACAGAGUCCACCAACCAAGCUCAAGCCCAAGCUGGUGGAUCAUCUUGUACAAUGCGGAAGAGUGCAGACCUAGCAGACCGGCCCACAUUCAUCUUCUUUAGACUUUUCGCAUCAUCAUUCACUAGAACGGUCGCCAUCAACUUUCGUCAGCCUGCCUGACAGUUUUGCUGGAUUAUGCUUCCAGAUUACGUACAUACAUUGUCCACGUAGCUUGAACAUCAACUGGAUGUGAAGUAGCAUUCCAUCACCACACUUAGGCUCUCGAAUGAUUCUCGAGAGCCCGUUCACGUCAAGCUAGCAAGCACUUUUCACCAUAGAAGCUUGAGACCUCACCGGAUGAGGGUAGAAUCUCAUCUCUGUAGGCUCUUCACACACUAGACACCAGACGGAGAAAGAGCCCGAACACUUCAAGCCAGCGACCGUUUUAGUCACGAUCUCGAGUACAGCCCAAGUUUUUCAAGCUGUGCCUUCAGCUUCAACUGGAUGCGGAGUAGAAUCCCAUCACCAUCUCUAGGCUCCUGAACAAUCUCGUUGAUCGAGCAGGAGCUUGUCCGCAUGAAGGCUAGCAACGGACGUCAUAGACUAGACUCGAGAUUAGUAUGAGAAAGGUUGAGACCGAACCAACCAUUGUGGAACGAGAAAGGGAGUUGAUCAAUGAAGAACAAAUGAAAAUCUACACCUUGCUUUCCUGGUAUACAUUUGAGGGUUCUUAUCUCUGAGUAUCACUCUUAAGAUGGUCCUUCUGAACUUCUCAAGUGUCUACCGGAAGCACAGAAAA